AUGCGCGUCGUGCGCGUCAUGCUUCUCUGCGCAGCCCUCGUAGUUGCACUUGUGGUCAAUUGCUCGUCGCAAGAGCUUGAACGGGUUGCGCAACAGCUCGUCGAUGAAGGACGACACAGUCAAGCGGUUGAUCGAGUGCUUCGUCACCACGACAUCGUUUUCCACCACGAGCGGAGCGAGGCGGGCGACGAUCAUGUUCUCAGAGUGUCCAUGCCGAUCAACGCCACCAUAGAUGCCGCGUCGCUGCGCGUGGUGGGCCUCCUGCUCGAGGACUCCGAGCAGCUGACACCGAGCCUCGACGUCUCCGCGGCCCUCAUCGCGCUGGCCGCCGCUGCUGGCGACGCGGUGGCGUCCGCGGAGAUGGGCUUUCGGGCCGCAUACGGCCUCCCCCCCGUCGAGAUUGCGCUCGACCACCCGUCACUGCAGCGGCCGGCGCCCCGCAGCCAGCGGCGCGCCUCCGACGCCGCCAGCGACCCGGAGGGGGGUCCGGGCCAAGUGCCCACCGCUGACCGCCCCACGCCCCCGACGCCCCCCGGUGUCGGGCAGCAGGAGGCAGUGCGCAAGGUGGUCGCCACGCUGCGGGACGGGGGCAGCGCGGUGACGUUCGGCGCCCCGAGGGUGCCCGAGGCGGUGGCGACGUAUUUCAUGGCGGCGUCGCGGAACGACACGCGCGCGCUGGUGGCGCUCGGAUUCCGUCACCUGCACGGUCACAGCGUGCCGAAGAGCUGCGAGACGGCCGUCCUGUACUACAUGCGCGCCGCGGCGCAGGUCAUGCCGGGCGCCCUGCACGAAGGCUCGAAGCCGCUGACCGCGCACGAGCGCGUGUCUCGCGCCUCCAAGGCCGCGAAGUGGCCGAUGUGGCUGCAGCAGACGACGCACUCGGACAUCCUGGACUACUUCCACGUCCAGGCGCAGCGCGGCGACACGCCGGCCAAGGUCGUGCUGGGCCGCCUGCUGGCCUUCGGGACGCAGCGGCACCUCCGCGAUACCACCGCGGCGCGCAAGUUCCUCGUCGACGCAGCGGAGGCUGGGGAGGCGCAGGCGAUGGGCCACUUGGGGAACCUCCAGGCAGCAGAGGCGGUUGCGAGCGGCCAGGAGGAGGCGUUCGAGCACGCGGCGAAGUGGCUCCAGCGCGCCGCAGAACAGGGAAGCGCCGACGGGCUCUUCGGGUCCGGCACGCUGCACCUGCUCGGGCUCGGUGGCGUACAGCGCGACCCUGCGCAGGCCAGAGCCCUGCUCACGCGGGCAGCGAAGUCGGGGCACGUGGAGGCGCACUUCUUCCUCGGGCUCAUGCAGCGGGACGGCCUGGGCGGGCCGAAGGACUCCAAGGAGGCGGCGCGCAACCUGAUGCGGGCGGUGGCGGGGGGGUCUCUCUUGGCGUCGCACGAGCUCGCCGCGCUGGAGAUGCAGGACCGGGACGCGUUCAAGGACGCGUGCCCGCGAGUAGCGUCGCUUCUGCGCGGCGCCCUCGCGCAGUCCGUCGGCGCGGCUGCCGUCCGCGCCGCGACGCGCGCUUUCAAGCAGGGCCAGGCGGAGGCUGCAUUGCUGCACUCGCUGCGCGCCGUGGAGCUCGGCGUCGAGGGCGGGGCGGUCGACGCCGCGUGGCUGCUCGAGCAGCGCCUGCACGACAUCCGCGGCGCCAAGCACGCCUCCCUCGCGCUGCGGCGACGGGCCGCUGCCGAGGGUGACCUGAGCUCGCUGUUGAUCCUGGCAGACGCGUACUACUCGGGCGACGGGAUCGACAUGGACCGCCUGACCGCCGCGCGGCUGUACGAGCGCGCGGCGCCGAAGAGCGCGCAGGCUCGCUUCAACCUCGGCAUGAUGUACCACUUCGGCCUGGGCCUCCCUGUGGACCACCACCUCUCCGAGCGGCACUACGACGACGCGGUGGCGCUGCAGCCCAAGAGCUACCUGCCCGUCGACAUGGCGCUGUGGGCGCUGCGCACGGAGGCUUCGGUGGUCGAGUGGCUCAAGGGGCCGCAGGGUCGCGUCGUGGCGCGGGCUGCGCGGGAGUCGGGUCUGUCAGACGCGCUGUGCAGCGUGGUGGAUGACAUGGGACUGGGAGACUGGCGGCGGGCGUUUGCGGCCAAGGUGGCUGCGGCGCAGGAGGACGCGGGCACGGAUGGCGGGGCGGAGGGCGAGGCGGUGGCCGAGGAGGGGGCGGGGGGCACGGCAGGGCGCGAGGGGGCGCGGGGAGCAGGUGCCCUGGUGUGGGAGGCGCGCGCCCUCAUGGGGCUGGCCUCGCUGCUGAUGCUGAUUGUGUGGGUGCGGAGGCGGCGACGGCGGCGACGGAGACCCGCGGCGUAG